CUCGGAGGCUCCGACAACAUUAGAGUGAAACUCAUUUCACUAUUUUGCUUUAUUUCACAGAUAAUUUUCCUGUGGGCAAAAUGGAGGAUUUGGGAGAAAAUCUGAAGCUGAUGGUUAAAAUCUUCAGGCGAGAGUGCCACCGGGUUCUGCGCUCUGAGAGGACCACCAUCCAUGGAGCUGAUGGCAUGUUGAUGUUGCUGCAGCUGGCCAUGGCAGAAGUUAGCAAGCAGCACGCUGGAGAGUUCAAAGUGGCUCUGAGUGAUGUCCUGAUGGCCUGGAAACACUUACUGCUAGACAAACUUCACCUGCCGCCCCCCGACUUUGCACGCUCGGAGAACUAUGAGCUCAUCCUGGAGGCGUACGAGUCCUCCCUGAAACGCUCCAACGCCGUGGACCUGGUUGACAUCCUGUCCAUGUACGAACAGCUGAGGCUAGUGGACUCGGACCCGGGGGAGCCCGUGAGCCCGAUCCAGAUGUUUGAGUUCUUAUCCGGAAACACGGAGGUGUCGGAGUUGCCCGACUCUUCAGUCCCGUCAACACCGUCUCGUGCCAGCAGACCCUCACAGGUGAAACUGGCAGUGAGACGGGUUUUCUGCUCCUACCUGAGUCUCCUCGUGAACGCCAAGAACGACAUGGCGCUGGCGCUGACCCUCAACGUGCCCGACCGCGCUCUGGGCCGACGGGCGUUUACCGACGCCAAGCACGCGGCGCACGACGGCAGCACCUCUCUGUUCCUGGCUGUGACGUCCUUCGUGAGGGCCGUGCAGCUCGGAGGGAAAGGCUACGCGCCGCCGGAGUCCGACCCGCUCAGGAAACACGUCAAAGGCCUGUCGGACUACGUCCAGUUUCUAGACGACCUGGAGGAAAUACUGGGAGAGGUUCCUGACCCGAGUGCGUGUGGAGGCCGGCUGGUGGGCGCCGUGCGGGCGCUGCUGGUCAAGGGACGCGGCGGUGGAGACGGCGUGUGCGUCGCGGCCGAGGAGACGGCGAAGGAGCUGAAGGAGACGAUCCGCCAGCUCCAGGCGAGCGGCGCCGAUGGAAGAAGCGGGACGGGGAUAAGCCCAGCCCGGCCCCGGGCUCACGCUGUCAAUCACUGCACGGCGCUGGGAGGCCGGGACACGGUGAAGCUGCUGAUGGCGCUGUUGGACCAGGAGGCGCUGGCGGCGCCGUGCCGGAACAAGGCCGAGCUGCUGUCGGAGGACCAGCCCGUCCUCAGUGGGGAGGAGGGCACCUGCGUGCUCGGCCUGUUCAGAUCCCCCGAAGUGUCUACUGGAAGUUCUCCAGAGCCUCUAAAGAGCCGAGUCCAGACCCGACUAGACCUGCUCAAGCCCAAGGCCAAAGUCGGAGGAAUUCGAUCCCAGUUCGCGUGUACGUACGAAGACGAAGACGAGCCACUGAGCCGCGUGCUGGAGUUCCCCCGCCAGGCACCAGAACACCUGAACACCCCCACCGGGCCGGAGGAGAACACCUACGCCGAGUCUUCUUCGACUUCUUCUGAAUGCCCGAAUAAGGAGCAGAGCGCCGUGCGGCGGCGGGGGGGGGCGGCUGCUCUCGGGCCGCGGAGUGGAAACGUCCGAGACGGAGGGGCGAGCGCCGGAGAGCAAACCGUCGCUCGGGCGCAACAGCGAAAGGGCAACAAGAGGAAGCAGGCGGACUCCUCCGACCAACACGGAGGGGCGGAGAACGAGCCGCCGCAGAAGAAACCGCUCGCUCGCGUCUCGGUCAAAAUGCCCGGCAAGAGGGCCGGAGGCAAAGCCGCGAGUAAGAAGAAGCUGAUCGCCGGACAGGGAACGCUAACCGGCUUCUUCAGAGUCUAACGGUGGUUUGAGAUGGUCACUUUUGUUUGAGGGACCGUCUUUUUGGGGUACGCUCAUUUGCUGAAAGUUUGGUGACUGCACGCUAAAUAUGAAGCUAAAUUGAAUCUAAAAAGGUGCUUAGCUCGGCUCUUUUUCACAUUAAGUGAAGCUAGCCGGCCUCUAAAUGCACAAAGUUAUUUGGUUAACAUUUAUAGGUGCUUAAAAGCAGAUUAUUUAAAGCUUUAGACGGAGCCAGGCAAACCGUUUCCCCUCCAGUCGUUAAGUUAAGCUAAUUUCCCGUUAGCCGUAGCUUCAUAUGUAUCAUGUGUGGCGUCGAUCGUCUCAUUCAACACUCCGAGUUUAAGAGGAUCAAAAUGUUUGUAUACCGUCAUCUAGUUUGCUAGAGUUUUGCUAAAAUGUCAGCAUUUUUUGUUAUUGAAAGAUGAUGUUAACUGUUCAUGAUUCAUCGUUAGCUCAGCACUUAGCUUAGCAGCAGCGUGAAUAUCAUUGUGAUUUGUUCAGUGCACUUUCUUCAUCAAGACAAGUUUUAUUUUAUUUUAUUUUAAUUCAACCUGCAAAAUUGUAAAUUUGUAAAUAUGAUGCGCACUUUUCACAAUUUUAAUAAACCUUUUUUAUUUAGUUUUACAUGGUUGUGAUCUCUCGUUUUCAACAAGGAAAUAAAUGCAUUUCAGUGGAACACACAUAUGGGGCAUUAAAAAUUAAGGAAAGGAGGUACAAUAGGAGGUACAGAUUGUAAAGCACUCCGAGACAAAUUUGUAAUUUGUGAAAUUGGGCUAUACAAAUAAACUGAAUUGAAUUGAAUUGAAUUAGAUAGUGGCCUAAUAGAUAGUGGCAUACAAUACACGUGUAUUUACAGGUGAAACCUAUAGCGUGUCACGGUACAUUAAGCGUACAUAAGUCACGAUACGCUUACAACUAUACGUACAGAAUGUCUAAUAACGCCCGGUAACCGGUAACUUGUUAAACUGAAACACCGUUGGCUCUUAUUUUUGGAAUAUUUAUUCUUGACAACCCAACAAAAAUCAUCCGGAUAA